GCAGGCUAGCCAUCAUCAACGCUCGUCGCCGUCGCCGUCGCUCUCGUCGUCGUCGCCGUCGUUGCCAACAAUGCUCUCCAAAGCCUUGCUUCCCGCCCUCCUCUCCCUCUCCCUCCACCCCGCCUUCGCCCGUGCCUACUCGUGGGCUUUCGACAACUCUCCGACCCAGUGCGAAGACCUCUCGCUCUCCAUCUCCGGCUCCGGUGGACAGGCCCCAUACACCCUCCUCAUCGUCCCCACCGGCCCCAGCCCCCUCGCCAACAACAUCGAGGCCCGCACGAUCCAGUCCAUCCCCUUCAACUCCUCCACCUCCCUCAAAUUCAAACUCGCCUAUCCCGCAAACUCCUCUUUCGUCGCAGUCGUCAGUGAUGCGAGUGGCUUCGGCACCGGCGGAACGAGUAUCGCUGCGACCGUCCAAAAUUCCGCAGACACCUCCUGCUACGACUCCACCAAAGACGUCGCCGGGCCCUGGGUCUUCAGUACCGACCCCACCGGCGGCCUCACCCAGUGCGAGUCCGUCCGCCUCUACUGGAACUCGGCCCUCACAAACGGAACCGUGAGCUUCGUCGGCGUCAUCCCCGGAGGACAAUCUUUCAGCAUCCCUAAUUCGACCCUUUCCACCAACUCGCUCACUGGCACUGGCUUCAACUGGACGGUCGAUGUCCGCGCCAGCACAACCAUGCUCGUCGUCGCGGGAGACGACAGAGGCAUCGGCGUCGGCGGCAGCGCCCAGUAUACGAUCGGGUACGCGACGAGCAGCGCGAGUAACUGUCUGACGGAUAACUCGCCGUCGUCUACGGCCGGCGACCCUGCGGGUGGGAGCUACCCCACGAGCACGAACGGCUCUGGUACGGGCGGGAGCAGCAGUAGUAGUGGCGGCAGCCACACAGGUGCCAUCGUCGGCGGCGUCGUCGGCGGCAUCGCGGCCCUUAUCGUCGGCAUCCUCCUCGGCCUCUUCUGCCUCAAACGCCGCCGCUCCGAGAUCCACACGAAAGAGCGCCCCGUCGACCUCCUGCAAGACCACGACGACACCCCGCCGCACCCCGCCGCCGAGCUCCCGCAGUACUACGCCCCGGACCCAUUUCUCGUCCCGGACCCCACCAUCGCCGCGACCUCCGACGCCGGCUCGACGCACCCCGACGAGGGCCUCGGCGCGAGCGGCUCGCAGCGCCCGACGUCGUACACCGAGUCGGACAUCCUAAUGCGGCCCGGCACGCCCGGCCACCGCUCGAUGGCGAGCAUGUCGACGAACACGCGCAAGGGCGGGCUGCCGCCACCGCAGAUGCGGCCGGUGAACUUCAUCCAGCACGACGACGCGGGCCCGUCGGCGCCGCCUGCGCACGAGGGAGAGGAGGAGCCGGAGACGAUCGAGCUGCCGCCCGCGUAUACGAAUUUGCGGACGUAG